AUGGCUAAAUCCAAAUUCGAAUACGUGAAGAAGUUCGAAUUCUCUAAUGUUCAUAAUUUUAAAAAACCGAAUGAUAAGAAUGCGUUGGAUCUUAUGAACAAAUGUGCUGAAUGUGUUAUGGAUAACAUUUAUGAUGUGGUAUUAUCAUAUGGACAAAGCGAUGAAUACAGUUUUGUGCUGAACAAAGCCAGUAAUCUAUAUGAUCGUCGCGAAUCCAAAAUAGUCUCGGCUAUUGUCAGUCUAUUCACAUCCAACUAUGUCUUUUACUGGAAGAACUUCUUUCCUGAUCAAGAACUUCAAUAUCCUCCUUCAUUCGACGGACGCAUAGUACAAUAUCCAUCAGAUACCAAUUUACGUGACUAUUUGAGUUGGAGACAAGCUGACUGUCAUAUUAAUAAUCUAUAUAAUACAUGCUAUUGGGCUUUAGUUCAUUCUGGAAAGACAGAGACUGAAGCAGAGCUUGCUCUCAGAGGAACGGUUUCAUCCCAGAAGAAUGAAAUGCUUUUUUCUCAAUUCAAUAUCAACUAUAGCAAACUACCAGAGAUGUUUAGAAAAGGAUCAGUCUUAUUCAAAGAACAGGUGGAUGUUCAAGGCAUAAGCAGUGAUGGCACAGAAAUCAAACGACGUAAGAAAAUAACAAAAACUUAUUACAUCGACAUCAUCAGCGAUAAAUUUUGGAAGGAGCAUCUCGAAUUUGACAUUUCAAUAUAG